AUGCUGCCCAAGCUUCUUCUGGCCGCUAUUGCAGGGGCAUCUUCUGUUCUGGCAGAGGGAUUCAACGUCACCAUCGUCUAUGUCCAGCCGCCCGGAGGAUGCGCUGCUGCCAACCAGUCCAACACCUGCGCCAACCCUCCGGAGACAAUCUCCAUCUCUGAGCCUCCCCAGCCAGGUCCCAUCACCACCCUCCCGCCGGCAACCCACUGGAGCACCUGCACCAAGUGCAUCAGCAAUCUUGUCCCCAAGAAGCCCGAGGCCCCUUGUCCUCUCUACUAUGGAAACGCCGACCCCUGCAAGGAGGGCUACUUUGGAACUCUGACCUACUUCUUCAAGGCCCCAGUCGUGGUGCUUGACGACUUUGCCCUGGCGACGGUUAAGUACGAUGCCGGCUCGGGCUCACUCAACGUCGGGUUCCAGAGCAAGGAGGCCUUUGCCAAGGCCUCGGGCUCCUGGGUCGCCGGCGUGGUCCUUGUAGCCAACGUGCCAAACUGCGGCUCCGCGACCGACAGGUGCUACUUUAGCGUCACCAGCCUCACGACGUCAGAUGCCAGCCUCACCAUCGUCGCCGCCGGCAAGGCCAGCGACCCAGAGAAACUGAUCAAGAAGGCCGAGACUGAAUGGGGUUGGUGGGUUCCCCGACCGGGAAGCUCCCUGUGUUCUGCAUCUGGCGGUGGUGGUCAGGGGUCUGGCUCGAACGGACCGGGAGGAUCUUCUGGGCCUGGUUCUGGUUCGGGAUCUGGCUCUGGUAGCGGCAACGGUAGCGGUUCCGGCAAUGGGAACGGCUCAAACAUUGGCAACGGCAACGGCACUUACACCAACAACACUCAGCAGGGAAACUUCAGCGAGGACCGCACCCGUUGUGUUGGCCCUGUAGACACGGUCCACGGCCUGCCCACGGCCUGCUUCGGUCCCUACUUUGACGACGACCUCGACGACCAGAUGGGGUACAGCGACAUUGACACGCUGGGCGAGUUUGACAACUUCAUCGACGAGCUGGCUCCCGGCGACGACAACACCAUCCAGCGCCGGUGGUUCAUCAAGAGCAUCUUCAGCAAGAUAAUCCCCAAGCCCAUCCUCAACGUCGCCAAGGCCAUCAUCGCCCCGAUCCAGAAGCUCACCACCAUCUCGGGCUCCAUCAGCAAGGACCUGUCCUUCAAGAUCCCCGACACGAAGAGCGACAACGCCGAAGCCAAGCGCCUCAAGGACCCCAGCCUCAAGCAGACCCAGUCUCCAUGGGGCGACGCCGUCCUCCUCAAAUCCUUCGGCAGCCCACAAUCGCUCAAUGAACCCGGAAAGCAAGGGGCCGCAGGCUACCUCAACGUCUACUGCGUGGGCUGCGGCGUCGACGGGCGCGCGACUCUUACCGGGCGGGCCGCCUUCACCCCGAUCGGUGGCUUCACGCAGGGCGAGGUGGAGAUGCGCAUGGAUCUCAACAUCGUCUUCAAGCUCGGAGUGGACGCCAAGAUCAAGUACCAAAAGGACUUUGAGAGCUCGCUGCUGGACGUGGGCCUGCCGGGCCUCUCGUACGGCAUCGUCACCAUCGGGCCGCGCGUCAGCCUCGGCUCCCGCGUCUCCCUUCUGGCCGCCGCCGAGGGGAAGCUGCUCGCCGGCGCCGAGAUGGGCAUCACCAACGCCCUGGCCAGGCUCGACUUUGUGAACCCGUCCAGCUCAAAGACCGAAGGCUGGGAGCCGUACUUCAAGCCCGUGUUUGAGGCCGAGGGCCAGAUCAUGCUGUCGGCCGAGCUGGGUCUGCCCGUGAGCGUCAAGUGCGGGCUCAAGAUUGGUGGUUUUGACAAGAGCGUCGGCGUCACCGAUGAGCCCUCCAUCAAGGCCACGGCGCAGGCCGCCGCCAGUAUCGGUCAGAGCAGCGGCGGUGGUGGCUUCAGUGCAGGGUUCGCCUCGACGGAUGGCUGCACCGGCAUCGCCACGCAGAUCAGCUGGCGUAAUAAGAUCUAUGUGGAUCUCCUGGGUUCCAAGAAGGAUUUGUUUGAUACCAAGGACAAGGUUCUCAAGCGGGGAUGCAUUGCUCUUCCCGGUAGGGAGAACCCGCAAUCAUCGUCCUCAACCGCCACCCCGAGCACCAUCCCGGCAACCACCGACGUGGAUGAUGGCACCACAGCCACCACCCAAACCGCCACCCCAACAAACAGCGACGAAGACGAUGGCAACACGAUGACCACUUCAUCAUCGUCCUCCUCUUCCACCACCACCACCACACCUACCGACGAGCAAGACGACCAAGACGAACCAGCCAACGACAACAACGGCAGCGAAGAGGAGCCCUUCACCCCGCGCCUCAGCAAACGCCAAACCGCCCUCGUCCAAGACCUAACCAGCCAAGUCAAGGGCGGCAGCAGCGAGCUCUCGUACACGAGCACGCCCGUCCCCGCGAACCCCUACAACCGCACCGACGGCUUCGAGCUGUCGCUGAUGGUGGACCCUGGCGCGGAGACGGCGCUGGUGGCCUGCGGCGACGGCAACGUGUACCUGGCGGGCGUGGACUCCCUCGCCGAGAUGACCUUCUGCACCGAGCUGUUUGAGAACUACAAGGACCUGCUCGUCGGCGACGGCUCCGGCCGCAUCCUGCACUACUACAACAACACCAUGGCCAAGGUCGGCGCGAGCCGCCUGCGCGUGUCGGACGGCUUCGAGCUGCCCGCGCUGGCCGUCCCCGUCGUCAUGGUGGCUUUUGAGGGCGAGUAUGAGGAGGGUGGUGGUGGUGGUGGCGGCGGCGGCGCUGCGGGUGGGAACGGGACUGUGGGUGGUGGCAACUCGACCGUGGCUGUUGGACGUCGCCAGGAGGAGCAGCAGCAGCAGCAAGACGAAGGCGGCGAUGAUGGCUUCCGCUUCUACGCCGUCGACCCGGCCAUGGAGCUGUCGUACCCGGCUGUGUGCACCUACACUGACGGCAGCAUGCCGCGGGUGUUUUUGGUGCGCGAUCCAGUCGACGGCCUCGCCGUGUUGGCCACCGCCGCCGUCGAGCACUCCAUCACCGGCGGCAAGGUCCAGGACUGCUUCCUCAUGCCUGUCGUCGAGGGCAAGUACGACGAGGACAAGGGUGGAUAUGCCGGCUAUGGAAAGACCAACGAGACGACCUUUGAGUAUGAUGAUGCUUGA